AUGGAGAAUGAAAGACGCGAUAUCAGGCAACUUUUCUGCGAUAGAGUAUGUACCGCAUUCCCGUUUUGUUUAACUAACUUUUCAUAACUUUUUUUGAUGCUGAACUUCUCAGUAUCCGAAAUAUAAUGUGCGAUACGGUUUUUUAAUCCUCACAAACGUCGUUUUUCUCCGAUUUGCUGUGUUUUUUAUCGUAUGCCAUUUAACUUUUGAAAGUUUGUCCCUCACUUUUUCCUGACAUUAAAACCUUUCAAGUUGGGCGGAAACUAAGUAUUACAGAUGGCCCAAAAAGAAAAGGGACCUGUUUCUGUGCUUUUGGGCGCUCAAUGGGGAGAUGAAGGCAAAGGAAAGAUCAUCGACUACCUGAUCGAGAACUACAAUGUUAGUUCUGUUUUUGUUUCGAGAAUCAGCUUUCCUUCAAGGUGGCCGUCACGGCGCGUUGCCAGGGCGGAAAUAACGCUGGUCAUACCGUCGUUGCCAAUGGACGGAAGUACGACUUCCACAUUCUGCCCAGUGGAAUCAUCAGUCCCAAGGUUCAGAGAAAACUAUGAAUACGAAGUUGCUGGUAUGAAAAAAAUGCCAGCGAAAAUUUGAACGACGACUUUUCCGAUUUUUUCAUACCGCUAGGGAAAUUUCCGACAAAUCCCUUUUCGACGUUUUUUCUCGAUAAUAUUUUUGUUUUGAAUGUUCCUAUAUGAAGUAGGUAGUUUAUUCAUGAUUAAAAACAAAAAAAGAAAUAAUAAAUCAAGUUUCAAUAGAUGGUUUAUAAGAAAUGCAUUAGAUUAGAAGUUCAAGUAUCCAGCACCGAUAAGUUUACAUUUGAAAAAUUUAUUUUUUUGUCUUUCGACUUUUUGGAUUUAUUUAAAUCUAUUUAAUUACCUUUUUUUUCUCAGGAGCCCUUUUUUUCUGAAAAAAGUAUCAGAACUGCUUCGACAUAAUUUUUUUGAUUUCUCUUGGUUGAAUUUGUGUUUAACCUUUUUAACCCUCUCCGCGAGAGGGAUUGAAAUGUCUGUUUGUGACAAAAAAAUUUUUAAUUUUUUUACUUGAGUAAAGUUGGGGAUAGAACGGGGCUUCAACAAUGACUGAAAAAUAAAAAUUAAAAAUUUAGGAGUAGUAGAAAAUAGAAUCAUUUUUUUGAGCGUUUGUUUUUUUCGAAGAGAAAGCCCUUGAAAAUGGAAGUACUCAGUGCUUCAACAUCAUCGGAAAUGGCGUCGUGGUCAAUCUCGACGCUUUCUUUUCCGAACUCGCACACAACGGAGUUACAGAUGAGCCUGGCUGGGAAAAGCGGUUUCUUGAACAUGCUUCCAACUGAAAUCCAACUUUUUAUUCAGAAUUCUGAUUUCGAGUGAGGCUCACAUCGUUUUCGGCGUCCACGCGCAAGUUGACGGACGUCAGGAAGACGCUCUUUCUACUAAAAAGUUCAUUACGUGCAGAAUCUCAUAAAUCGAGACUUUUUUUUUCAGCAAAAUAGGCACAACGAACAGAGGAAUAGGCCCCACUUACAGCUCUAAAUGCUUCCGCAACGGAAUUCGCAUGGCCGAUUUGAUGGCCGAUUUCGAGGAAUUCUCUGAGAAGUGAUUGGCUUCUCAUUUUUAUCGAACUCGAGUUCCUAAGGUACCGACGGCUAGUCGAGCACUACAAGAAGCAGUUCCCCAGCAUUGACAUUGACGUCGAAGCCGAACUCGCCAAGUUCAAAGUUUCUUGUUCCAUUUGCCAAAGGUUGAGCUUUUUGAGUUGAGGUGCACCGCGAAAAACUGGCCGAUUUGAAGCUGGUCGGCGACACGGUUGGAUUCAUCCAUCAGAGGCGGAACGAAGGAAAGGCGGUUCUGAUCGAAGGAGCCAACGGAGCUCUUCUGGACAUUGAUUUCGGUGAGUGAAGUUUCGAGCUUCUGAUCCCUCGGAUCUUUCCAGGCACCUAUCCUUUCGUGACGUCAUCCAACGCGACUGUCGGCGGUGCUUGCACAGGACUCGGCGUCCCUCCGACCGCCAUUUCUCACGUAUUUCUUCCUCUCAGACUCUUAUCAGGCCUCUAUGCAGGUCAUCGGUGUGGUGAAGGCGUAUCAAACGCGUGUCGGAACUGGGCCUUUCCCCACGGAGCAGCUCAAUGAGAUUGGAGAUAAGCUGCAGCAAAUUGGCAAGGAGGUCGGAGUGACUACCGGUAGAAAGAGAAGGUCAGUGUCUGUGGGGGGAAGAUUCAUGUCUUCCAGUGAAUAAAAAUACAUGGUGCCUAUUGUGAGAACGUCCUUGUGCACACAUUGUGAUUUCUCAUCCUUCCAGAUGCGGUUGGCUGGAUCUUUUCUUGUUGCGGAGAUCGGCUCAAAUCAACGGUUACACGACCAUCGCCUUGACCAAGCUCGAUAUCCUUGACACCUUUCCGGUACCUAUAUUUUGUUUCGAAGAUAUCUUUUUCGUUCAGAAGCUCCUUGUCGCUGUGGGCUACAAACUCAACGGAGAGCAGCUUUCCGCUCCUCCCGGUCCUUUCAUCCGUUCUAACGAUGAUUUCAUUUUUCAUUUAAGCGCAAGCCAAUGCUUGGGAACAAGUUGAAGUGGAGUACAAGGAGUUCGAAGGCUGGCAGUCGAGCACAGUCGGUGUGAGAAAGUUCGAGGACCUUCCUGAGAAGUGCCGUACCUACGUCGAGUUUAUCGAAAACUUCAUCGAGGUUUGUACUUUAUCUAAUUUUAUCGAAAGGAUGGUCAAGCAAGGAUAUUUUGGGAAAGAGUUUCGUUAUCAAUUGCAGGUGCCGAUCCGAUGGAUUGGAGUUGGAGCUGAGCGCGAAUCGCUCAUUGUGAGAAACUAGUGUUUUGGUUUUUCUUUCCGGUGUUCUCAGGAUAAUUUUUUAGAUACAAGAUAUUUUUCCCCUUUGUUCUCAUGACAGUUUUGAGUCGAGUUUUUUCUUUUCGGAUUUUCUCCAUUUGAUCCCGUUUUCCGUGUGUCGGCGACGGUUUCUUCUCUAUAUUCAUAAUAUACAUCAAAUUCUGUUUCUUGUUUAUGUUUCAUUAUAAGCUAGAAUAAAUUUUUGUGGUUAUUUUUCUUCGAAUUUUUUUUGAAUCUGUUUGCGUCCGACAAUUCCUUAUCAUGCAGUUUGCAGAGAAUACAAUUGAGUAAAAGUUGAUUUAAAAAAACAAAAAAAUAAAAAAAUUGAAUUUUUUUCACUUCUUUUUUUCGAAGUUGUCGUUACGAUCUGAGAAUCAAGCUCCGAAAUAAAUGAUUAUCGCAAUUUUUCAAAUACUUUUUGUACGAAUUUUCAGAAGCUUCGCGAUAUGGAAGAGAACUCGGUCGAAGAAAGAUUUCCAGUAUUUGAUCCUUCUCACAAUGUGUUGGAAUCUUCUUUAAAUUCUUCGGUAACUUUUGAUUUUAAUGUGAUAAGCCUUCACAGUUAGAAGAAGUCAGGAAUGUUAUAGCUCUAGAAUAGGAAAAAAAAUUGCACCAUUAAACUUUGGAGAAUUAAUGAGAAGUUGAAAAAUGUUCGAGGUGCGGCUGGUUUUGCUCGUAAGUAUCUGAAAAAAAAAACAAGACAACCCGAAAGAUACUAAAAAAAAAAUAGAAUCCAGGAUGGAGGAAUUUGAGAUGAGUUUUGAAGUUCAUUCAUUUAUUUACGUUCGUCCCACGUAAUACUGGCAAGAAAAAGAGAAGAUAACGGCUGCACUGGAUAAUCAGAAGUUGCACUUGUCAGGACGCAUCCGAGGACGCGAGGGAGUCUCGACCAGACACGAGCGCAUCCUUUGAUUCUUCCGUCCUCACCAGUCCCAGUCGCCGGUAUUCAAUCAAUUAUUAAUUGUUAUUUUAGGGUUAAACCGACCAGGCGGUGAGCAAGAGCUUUUGAAGCUAUAACGAACAACCGCCUUGGGCGGUCUAGAAGUCCUAAUGUGUAGUUGAUCUAGCUGAAAGCAUGUUUUACGGUCCUUCGCCUCGUUCUUUUCGGCUCUUUUCUCUUUCUAGUUCAGAUUGUUUAAUAACUUCUAUGUUGGUUGUAGUAGCUUGAGUCCGGAAGCUGAGCUCUAGGUUGAAGCCCUGAAUUAAGAAAAAGAGCGAUCACGUAGAGUGAAGGCUUUGCGCGUAGUUCUAUCAUUUAAAACUUCUUCCAAAACUUUCCAGAUGCGAGAAUUCCUUGGCUCCGGUCUUGAACGGAAACCUGAAUCUGUCGUAUCAACAGCUCACGCACAUUUCUCGCAAAUUCAAGCAAGCCUAUGAAAAAGUUUGUAAUUACACGUUUGAUAACUUCUAUUUUGGUUAUAAAAACUGGUUUUUCCAACAAAACACUUUUCACUUUUUUCAUAGAGUGUCUCAAUGUUUUUGAUAUUGAGUAGCAGCAAAAUUUAUUGGCAAAUAUUUUUAAUUAAGUACAUUUUUGAAUGUAGGUCAGCCAUUUGGACAUCAGCCAUAAUGAGUUCAGCGCUCUAUCGCAGAUGGACAUGUUCAAAUCGUGCACAUCGGUUGGUUUUGCUUUGAUUUUUUUUUAAAGGAAAUAUGAAAAAGAAGUACUUCCAAAAUGAAUGCAAAUAUGAUAGAAGAAAAUAUACAGACGAAAUGUUGCGGUAGGUAUAGUUUUUUCUCGCACGAUAUAAUCUCUAGAAAAGUCAUCGACUUGUUUUUCUUGCAGAUUUGCGCUUCCUACAACAACUUCCACAAAAUUCCCCCGUUGCGUUCGGUUCACAACCACAUAACUUCGCUCGAAAUAUCGCACAAUCAAUUGGUCAAUAUCGUCGAGUUGCAAAGUUUGACACAACUCAGAGUUCUCGACCUUUCGUUUAAUAGGAUUUCGGUAUUCGAUAAAUGCUUCUUUUUACAUCAUUCAGUUGAAGGAAAUGCCGUUCAUUUCUUUGAAGCGUCUCGAACAAAUCAAUUUGUCGCAUAAUCAGCUCACCGAUGUGCCUAACCUCUCUCAAUGCGACUCUUUGAAAUCUGUUGACUUCUCACAUAACAACAUCGCCAGCAUUAUGGUUCGCCUCCCAGUAAUAUUUUGUUACCAAGGCUUUUUGUAGAAUAUCCAGUCGACGAUCCCGAAAAAUCAUCUUGCUAGGCUCUCCAUAUCGUCAAACUCCUUGAGAGACUUUUCUGAGCUCCUUCUUCUGCUGCCGUUCUGCCAUUUACAAGACUUCAAGAUUGGUUCGUUUUGAACAGCUUCAUUCGAUUGACUGCUUUUUCAUGAAGAGGGGAAUCCUUGUCUGGAAUCUGCUAUGCGGAGUCCUGGCUUCAAUUAUCGCUCCUACAUCUACUCUUGCUGUCCGGAGUCCCUAGAAGUCAUCGACGACGAAAAGUUGACCGAGUCUGAGAAAAUAUCCGGUAAUUACAACCUAGAAAAUCAAAAGAAAAGAACUGCAUUCGAAAAUUAGGAUUUUCUCGUCCUACUUUAUUGAAUACCUUGAAUGAAUGUCAGGUGAAUGGCUCUAUGCUUUGGGAAAAGUAAGGGCGUUCCACGCGGGUCAACACGAUUUGCUGUGCGAUUACUUGCUGUCGAACGUGCCGCUGGAGACGACAGGCCGUCGAUCGGCGAGCGUCAGAACCUCCUGCCAGAAGGUUGAACUCGAUGAACGAUCCUCAAGUGAUAUCACCAGGCUUUGCUCAAACAAAAAGAGUCGGAGAGUCGCGACGCCUUCAUCGUGGAGGAGUUCGACGCGAGCUCGACCGCAGAGUCGCUCUGUUCUCCCUACAGCCGUUGGGAGCGCAGCAUCGCGAGGAACAGUCUCAUGGUGCGGUUUACCACGGAGAUCUCUUUAAAUAUUCCGAACGCUCAUAACUUAUUUAGUCCUCAAAAAUCUUGCUCCAUCUUUGUGUAAUAUUUUUUCUCAUUCCAGGACUCGACAAGAGACAGAAGAUUCAGCUUUGGCAAAGAAAAUGUCCCUCUCGAUCAGAGAAACGUCUGUUCUCAGUCUCUCGAAGUCGAACUCCGAAAAGCACAAGUGAUGCGAUCCAACCAGUCUUCAAAUCUCAACACCGGAAGAAUUACGCCAGGUUAUUUUUCCCUGCCAAGUUAUAGCCAUUUUAUAUAGUGUUGCCGCCGCUGACUUGAAAAUCUUUACAUAUUCAGAAGAUGGGCGAAAUAGUGAAAAUGAGUGCUCCUAUUUGUUUCUAUUUUCUUUUUUCAAGAGGAUGCUGAGCCUUCUUAGAAAAGAAAAAGAUUUCCUGAAUAUCAUCGACCAAAUUUAAGCAACCAAAAAACUAUUGUGACCUUUGAUGAUUAAACAUAGCGAAGAGUUUUUUGGAUUACUUCAAGUUUCACAAGCUAUUUCUUCUUCUUAAAUCAAGUUAGUACGAAUUGUUCUCUUCUUUUCUUUGAAACGGUUUCUCAAAAAAUGGUUUUUUUAAAUGUGUCUAACGGCAUCUAUGAAAAAUCUAAAAGCUACCCGGACCAUCCAUUUUAAAAUACGUUUACGAUGAAUUAUCAAUUGGAUCACAAGAAACCAUCCUCGGGUCAUUUCUUCAUUUCAUUAACUUCAGACCUUGACGGUCUCUCCCACGCUGUUCGGCUGAGGAUGGACCGCCUUUCCAGCUCGAAAAAUGAAGAUCUAAGCGAAUCCCAAAACAAGAGCCUUCCUUGGCGAAGAGUCAUUUCCCCAGUGAGCAGAAAUUCUUCUCCUGGCCAACCAUUGUUCAAAGGUCCGACUUCCUUCUGCAAGAACUCAUCUUUUUUGGCUUACAGGAGAAUUUUCGACGAACGAACGGAAAAUUCUGACAAGGUCCAGUUCCUCGGAAUCGACUUCCACUGUCGUCCUUUCUUCUGUCAGGUUUCGGAGAGAGUAAUCUGUUAAAAUUCGUUCAGUUUUGUCGCUUAGUAGUUUUUAUAAUGACUUCAAAGUACCAUGAGAGAGAUUUGCACAACUGGAAAAUCGUUGAAUUUUUUCAUGAUAAAAUUUUUGAGGUAUGUUAAUUUUCAUGCAGAAAAUCUUUUAAUAAAGAGACUUCGAAAAAAAAAACAAAAACUUGGCUUUUCAUAUAACUUCUCUUUUCAAAAUAUUGCUUCUUAGUUUUGAAAGAAUUUUUUGAAAAGGUAAAAACCGAGUAGAGCAAAAAGAAUGUGUUGUUUUCUUGAACUUCUCGAAGGUUUCAGAACUUCUGAGAUCGUUGCUGAGGUUGGAGGGAAUGACCACCAGGCGUUGACUAGUGAACAGCUGGAUUUCGAAGUGGUCAGUUUGACUUUUCUCUUAUUACUGCGCGCUCAAAACAAACAAUCAAAUCCAUAAGUUGAAUGGAAAAACAAUUUUCCGUGAUGCGAAAAGAAUCGUUUCAGUUCUUUUCGCGUCUUUUGCCCAACAUUUCUAAUUUAUCAGUUUAACGAUUACUAAACCUUUUUACCAUAUCAAAAUAGCCAAAAUCGGCAUUUCAAAAGUUCUCAUCGUUCGAAGGAUUUCAGGACGAGAAACUUGUGCCGAAAGUUUUCGAUCUGUCCUUGGUUCAGAGGCCGGAGACUUCUCAUAGCACGAACACUCUCUGCGGAUCUUCCUCGGAGCUCGUGGUAAGGUCGUCAACAGUAUUGGUCAUAGACAAUUCCUCCAGAAGUUACAAGAACGAGUCGAAAAGCUCGAAGCGCAUGUCUCUCUUCUCGCCGAGCAAAACGAAAAUCUCACUGCGACCAAUUCUCAACUAACCAUGGUUCUCGAGGAGUUGGUCGUUAAGUUUCAGGUGCUUUUUCUACGAAACUGCUCACAAAAAUCGAAUUUUUUAUGACCCGAAUUUAUUGGAAGUUACAUAGAAAAAUAAAGAGUUUAUAGAAGGGCGCAAAUAAUUUUUACACUGGAGCUAGUUCAUUAUUCUCUCUCUCUCUCACUUUCAUAAGAGGCUUUAGGAUAAGAGCCUAACGGAGUCGAUAAGAAAGAUGGUUCCGACGCCGGUUAUCUACCAGGCUGAGCGAGUCAAAGAGGACGAGGCGAUCCUCCACUGGGACCUGCGCUCGAUCGACGGUGGGUCAGCCAGUUCCAUCUGUCGACCUCCUUCCAGGCUUCGAAGUCUACGUCGACGGAUCGAUGUGUGGCGUCGUCAAAGGCAAAGACAACUCGGCGAAACUGACGUCUCUCGACCCUCAAAAGUCGUCCUUCAUUCAGAUUCGGGUCCGUUUUAUUUUUUCUUCAAUCCGAAUUGAUCUCAAGGAUCCUACCAAAAAUGAUAUUUCUUCAGGCAAUUGGUUUGAACGGACAGUUGGGUGAACUCUCCAAUCGAUUUGUUCUCCCCCGUCUAGAAAACAUUUGAAAUAUCCUAUUUGUUUCGCCAGAUCUCUAAAUUACUUUUCGUGUACGAAUGACCUCAUCUCACAAACUAAAAAACAGCGAGAUUCACUUUUUUUUCUGAACUAAUUGCUCACUUGUUAUAUUUUUUUUUUUUCAAGCAAUAAAAUUUAUUUGCUCUUAUAUUAGAUCGUUCCAAACUGCGGUGCUUCUUUUGUUUUUUUUUUUAAUUUAAAGUUUGAAGAAUCAGCAUUUUUCGAGAUUCUCUAGGUUCUCUAGGUAGUUAUCUCAGAAAACUUAAAAACUUUUGAUUUUAACUCGCUUUAGUCGGUGCAAGUUGUGUUUUCUGUCUUUGAAAUGGCUCAGACGUAUCUCGAACAAAACGGCGGGUAAGUGCGCUCCACCGAGAAGUAUUUAGCUGAACUUGGUUUCUUCCCUAUGGUCAGGCUUGUGCGAGGGCUGGCCCGUCACCCUCUCUGCUAUCAAGUUUUUUUACGACAAAAAUUACGGUUUUGCUCAUUUUUCACUUAUAGUUUAACAAAAAAUAUGAUUUCAGAAGUAAAAGUCACAUUUUGGUGAAAAUUUUUUAAAUGAAGUUUUAAAUUUCUUUUGAAGCCCGGCCCGAGCCCACGCGGGCUUUUUUCCUGAAAAUGAGGCCCAAAGCCCGGCCUGACGCACAAGCCUGCCCAGGGUUCAGCUUUUCGCCGUAUUAGAUCUCAUAAGUUUUCCUCGAAUUAUACCAAACGCCAUCUAGUUUUAUUUUGAUGCAUACUGUUUUCUGAUAAUCCAAAUUAAUUCUGGAUUCUUUCAAUUUCCCUAUUAGGAUCACGUUACAGUGUUGAAUUAUGGAUGAAGAACUUCUCUCGGGUAUGAAUAUGUGAAAAGAUCCUACUUGGGGAAGACAAAAGUUGUGUUUCUCACAUUUUGUUUUGUAAAAGUUUUUUCUGUGUUUCUUGGAAUCAACGUUUUCUGAAAUAUAGUCCUCGAGACAUGGGCGAUGCCGGAGACUAUUCGCCGUCAUCAAUCCGUGCGACAUUCGACUUGCUGCCAGAUGCCGCCGACGCCGAGGAAGAGGCUAUAGAAAAAGUCGAUCUCGAGGACUCCAACAUUUUCCUUAACCGUCCGAAAGCCCAGUAAUCUAGUUAAAUCUUGUACUGAUACUGAACGCAGAUUCCAGAAGUCUAAGAACUGUGUCACUGCCGCAACCUUCAGAUUCUGGCCAACUCGUCGAUUCCGUGAGUGUUGUUUUUUCUUUCCUCGAACAGGAUCGUAUAAGAAGAUUUCUUUUCUUUUCCUCUCUACUCGGCUUUUUAGUUGUCCUUUCUCAACAAAAUGUCUGUGAUUUCCUGCUUCUGUCUGAAGACAGGCUCUUUGUGAAAACAAAGAUAAUUUAGCAUGUCUCAGACUUUGUGUUCUCAUUCGACGGGUGCAAAACUUUCGCAGGCGGCAGCGGCGUCCACCGUUUCCUUGGCGGCGAAAGAUGUAUGUCGCUGAGAGAGAAGAAAAAAAUUUGUUUUUUGGAGUCUGCUGCAAAACCGAAGAAAGUUUCGCAAUACUAUAAGAAGCAGAACGAGCUCAUUGAGAAUUUCAAGAACGACAGCGAGCAAAUCGAGGUUCCAUUAGGUUGAUAGAUUAUGUUGUAUGAAGAACUUCAGCAGUUCAAAAGGACCAGGAGGAGGACGACGAGCAAUAACGAAGAAGAAGUACGGGCGGCGCCAAUAGUGCGACAUCCUGUUAGUUCCAGUUGUUGAAUGAAAGAAAGAUCUCGAUUUGUUUAAACUGACUCUAUUCGUUUCUGAAAUAGAUGACGACAAGCUUCUUUCCUUUUCAUCUUCUUUUUUCAAGGAAGAAGCCGACGAACCCGAAGUUGUUGUUGUAGAUCGCACUUCCCUUCUUGACGUACGAGUAAGUCUGUCUUGCCUUUUCCUCUUAAAGUUAUGUUUACUUACGGCAUACGGUAAAAAGAUAAGUAGUUGAUUAGAAGAAUAGAAUGGAGUAAAGUUAUCAGUGAAGGGAGUUAGUCCACCAAACGAGUGGACUUUGACCUGGAGUAAGACAGUAAUCAAAGCACUCGUAUGUGUUUCGUUGAUAGCGGUUACUGAGGACCAUUAGGUUUGACUUGUAGAGAGUCAGAGGAAACGUCAAAAUAUAUUUACGAUGUCAAUUUUUCCACUACGGGAAUAGUUUUUGAAAAAAAGCCUUCAAAAACUGAACGUACGAAAUUGAAGAGGAUUUCGCAGAGAAUUAGUGAAGAAAUAAUUGCGAUUUAGUACAUGUAUAUCGUGUAUUUUCUGAUCUUGCAAUUUUAGAACAAGAAUAGAAAUUCUCGCAAUAGAUCUGGUUAUUGAGUUAAGACGCUUCGAAAGCUUGAGAUAGCGCUUUUUGGAAUAAGUUGCGCAUUUUGACAAGUUUGAAGCUACAUAAAUCGAAAACAAAAUCUAUUGCGAGAAAAUGUAUUCCAUGUUCUGGGAUCAGGAGGUCCGGAAGUACACUUCAACCAACUUUUAUCGAAACUUCAACCGGGGGAUGAAAAACGCUCCCUAGUAAGACGAUCCGAACAUAAAGUGAAGCUAGGAAAUCUUCAAAUGAAUUUUUUUUGCUGAUUUGGAGGAGGGAGGAUUUGAAGAUAUCCAUCAGAUGACAAAUAGAGAUAGAAGAAGAGAAUGUUUCAGUGCUAUAUCCAGGGCUCAGAAAAUGUUCAAUCGCAGCUAUUUUGAGUUAUUAGUUGGAAUAACAGUAAUAUUAAACGAAUUUAUUGAAAAAAAGAGAAACUAUAAAAUCGAUUCUAAUAAUUUUUUUAAAUUUUUUUAUAAUUUUUUUCAUAAAAAAAUUUCUAUGCAUCCCAAAAAUUUACAGCUUUUCCUGAACUUCCUGUAAAAACUAACGACAAACAAUGUACACCACAAUUUUAGUAUCUACUUUAAAUGAAAAGAAGAUAUUAAAAACUUCAGGCUUCGAAGUCUGGAGAAACCGACGACGCCAAAGGGAAUGAUGCCAAGUUGGUUGAUCCAUGAUUUCGAAACGAACAGAAUUCGCAGAGACGCGAAAUCUUCGGCGGCAAGACUUGCCAUGGUCACCCUGGCCGUCAACGUGAGUCUGAUGCUGGCGAAGGCGGCCGCCGCGUGGAUGUCCGGCUCCAUCUCGAUAAUCUCGUCGAUGGUCGACUCCCUCGUCGACAUCACUUCAGGAGUCGUCAUCUCCAUCUCGGAGUACAUGAUUCGCAAACGGGACCCCUACCUCUACCCCCGCGGCAGAACUCGUCUUGAGCCGCUCUCUCUGGUUCUUUUUUCUUCUUUAAUUCCUUUUUGUAUACUAAGUAAUUACUGAAUGGACUCUUUUGGGUUGUCUCGAAGCUGACCAGAUUGCUUUUUGAUGUAUUCUGAAAAUGCCAUUGAAACUUUGAGCUCUUUUUCUUUUGCAACCUGUAGUCAAUCCAUCCUGACUUGGAAGACGAGGGAGGCGGAGAAGUGGGCGCAGUUCUUGGCGCGAGUUCAACUCAAGAGCUUCCGACUAUUUAAAAAGCUCGGUCGCUCUUCAGUUUGUAUCUAUUCUUCCAUUUUUAAUGCAAUAAGGAAAACUGAAUCAAUGAAGAAUAAAAAAAAUUAAUGGAAAGAGCGAUAAACGAGUUCUCCAAGUAGCCGCUGGCAAUUGAAUUGAACUCGUGCCAAGAACCGCAUACGCACACGCUACGCGUCCCAUCUUUUUCUGUGCCUUCCAAGUCGAGAAAAACUGACUAUAGGGAGUUUCGCAGGUUGAAAGUUUCAAUUUCUUUGUAAGUUAAAGUCUCGAAAAGUUCAUUUCCUUAUACAGAUAUUUUCAAAAAAAAAUUCUUUUGCAGAAAGCCUAAGAAAUUGUUUAAUCAGAAAAUGAAUCCUGAUUUAAAAAAAAAUGUGAAGAAGCUGUCUUAUGUUUCAGAUUCUCAUCAGUGUUAUCAUGGGUAUGGCGAGUGUGCAACUGAUCAUUUCUUCCGUUAGUCGGAUUCACAACGCUGUCCUCUUUCACGUCUACGGUUGGUUGGAAAAACAACACUUGGAUGUGGUUUUCGCCCAGCAAAACUCACUGAACGAAUGUUCAAUGAUCAAUUAACACUGAAUCGUACUGAAAACAGUUCAAAGGCUCUCUAAAUGAAAACAUCAGAAAAGUUUAGAUGGAAGUAAUCCUCGAACAAGACUCCUUUGAGAUCUACCAAAGGGCAGUUUCAAAAAAUGACACUCUCAUGUACAGAAGAUCGCAUUUUUUCGUACCAAACUGAGAAUCAAGAAUAAAGAAAAAAGGUGUGAAAAGAAAGGAGAAAGAAAAAGUUUCUUUGUUUUAUUUCAAUAAAAAAAAUAACUCAUAAUUUUUUAUUAUCACUAAUUGGACAAAAAAGUUUGUUGCAGGAGAAGGCCACGAGCCGGGACUUGAGCUGCCUUGGACCUCCGUGGCGAUAAUGGUGUCGACGGUAGUCGUGAAACUGUUUCUUUUCCUGGUGUGCAAAAGGUGGGAUUGGCCGGCUGCCAGAGGCUCAAUUCGGCUGUCAGGUACAAAGAUCCGUCGGUGAGCGUCCUCGCCAUGGACCAUCGCAACGACUGCAUUUCCAAUUCCGUGGCACUUCUUUGCUCUUGGCUCGGCACUCGGUUCGUCUUUCCUGUCAGACAUUUCCGAAAGGGCUAAGGAGCCGUUUCAAAAAGAUUUUUUGAAGUCAUAAUAAUAAUAACAGUUUAGUUUAUUCACUGCCAUUAUUUAACAGAAAAAAAAAAAUUAACGGAAUAAUAAUACACGGAAAUUAGUCAACCCCAACGAGUUGACAGGUGCCCGGAAAUAUGACAAAUUUAUAGCAGACAAGAUGGAAUCUUCUCAUGAAAAGCUUCAAUCGAAAGAUUAUUAAAUUUCUUACGAAACGUUUAGUUAUUUUAUUUAUGACUCGGGGCUUCCAGUAGAGGGCUGCUGUUGAAAAUAAGAAGCUCUUUGCAGAUACUCGUACUACUUUGACCCCACAGGCGCCAUUCUUGUGUCGCUGUAUAUUCUGUACACGUGGGUUCAGACAGGCUGGGAACAUUUGGCCAAGCUCAGUGGGAGAACUGCGGAGCCGGAGUUCAUAAACCGUAUCAUCAAAGUGAGGAAUGUCUUUACAUCUUGAGUUUGGUUUGAUCGCGAUGGGAAUAAUUUCUAUAUUUUCUAUUUAUAGCAUAUCCAGCUCAUUAGAAACUUUUGUGGAAAUCGAACUUUAACUUUCGAUUCAUUACUGAACUUGACUCAGCGAGGUUCAUGCCCUGAUAAAAAAAGUAUGGAAAACUGUUCUACGUUCGGAAUUUAUCAAUGCUUUUUUCAUAUUUUUUUUUCAAAGUUCAUAGUCAAUUUUAGGAUGACGGUCUUGACACGCAAAAAGUGAAAUAAUUACGACUUUUGACGUCGAUAGAGAAGUUAAAUUUGGAAGUCUUAAGGUUUGUCUUGACCACGAUCCACGGAUCUCUCACAUCGACACAGUGUACGUCUACCAUUUCGGCAGCAAGUUCCUGGUCGAGGUUCCGUUUCUCGGAGAGCUCCUUUCUGAAGACACAUGCAGGUGCACAUCGUGCUCGACGAGAACAUGCGACUGAAGGUGGCGCACGACAUCAGCGAGGCGCUGCAGAGCAACAUCGAAAGCCUUCCAGAAGUGGAGCGGGCCUUCGUCCACACCGACUACGACUACCAACACCAUCCCAACGACGAGCACAAGGCCGUUUGA